UAUUCCUCUCUUAUGGCGACACAAGAUUCUCAGGGGAUUAAACUCUUUGGCAAAACCAUUGCAUUUAACGGUAAUAUCACUCAGACAAUAAAAAAGGAAGAAGAGAAACAACCGCCAGAGCCAGAGGCCAUAACAGCCGUUAGAUCAUCUUCAUCAUCUGAUCUGACGGCGGAGAAGCGUCCGGACAAGAUCAUAGCAUGUCCAAGAUGCAAGAGCAUGGAGACAAAGUUCUGUUACUUCAACAACUACAACGUUAAUCAGCCUCGACACUUUUGCAAAGGCUGCCACCGUUACUGGACCGCCGGUGGUGCACUCCGGAACGUUCCUGUCGGCGCCGGACGUCGGAAAUCAAAACCACCGGACCGUGUCAUCGUCGGUAUGCUUGGGGAUGGAAAUGGGGUCCACCAGGUCGAGCUAAUUAAUGGCUUACUCGUCGAGAAAUGGCAUGUCGCAGCCGGCGCUCACGGUGGUUUCCGGCAUGAAGUUCCCCUGAAGCGGCUCCGGUGCUACUCUGAUGAUUUUCUUAUAAUUUCCGUAAUUUUGAUAUGCAAUCUCAUCGAUUUUCCAAUAUCAACAAAGAAGAUCCAUAAGAAUGCAGCCAAAAAUCAGCCUCACAGUGGUCGAAGUCAUUAGCAUCACCAACCACGAGUUGACAAUGGUGGUGAAGCA